AGAAUUUAAUAUUUGCGUUUCUCUUACGCAUGCGUCAAAUUUGAUUUCAUUAGUCCAAAUUUGAUUCUUGUAAUCUUUUCAAAUGUGUUGCUGGUAUUUUCCGAUAUAGCAAUAACAUAGUAAGAUUCUAAAUUAUGGCUGAUCGGGGCCGGGGUAGAAGUCGAGGGCGAGGAAGAGGUCAGGAUGAUAGAAAACAAGGUCCUGGACAACAACAACAACAACAACCUCCACAACAACCUCAAGCAAGUGCUUGGAGUCGUAGACCUGGCCCUUCUCAGCCACAACCAGGACCAUCUUCACAAACACCAUAUUCAAGAUCUUCAGCACCAGCACAGAGCACGAUUUAUCCAAAGGUAAAAGGAAUAGAUAAGAGUGCUGGAAGAGCCACUCAAAGAUUAGGCCCUAAAGGAGAUGGUGGUCCAGGACAUAAAGAAGAAAGUGCUCCUGAAGCAAUGGAAGUUAGUGGCGAAACUGCUGGUGGAGGAGAUGCAGGAGUACAAUUGGGAAGAGGUGCUAUGCGAGGUAGACGUUUGAUACCAUCAACUCCAGAAAAUAUACAAACUAGACCAGAGAAUUUAAUAACUAAGCAAGGUACUACUGGAACUAGUGUAAUGCUACAAGCAAACUAUUUUAAAUUGCUUGCCACGACUGAUUGGUGUUUAUACCAAUAUCGAGUUGAUUUUGCACCCGAUGAAGAUCGCACUGCGGUUCGUAAAGGAUUACUUAAACUUCAUAGAGAAGCUUUAGGAGCAUAUGUUUUUGAUGGAACUGUUAUGUAUUCUAGUAGACGUUUACCAGAUAAAAUGGAAAUUUGGUCUCUGAGGACAUCAGAUGAUACCAAAAUCAGAAUUACCAUACGUCUUGUUGGAGAAAUGGAAAGAGUAGAUCAACGUUAUCUUCAAUUUUUCAAUAUAAUUAUGCGAAAAUGUUUGGCUCUAUUGAAUCUUCAGCUUGUAGGACGCGAUUACUUUGAUGCACAUAGUAAAGUAGAAGUACGUGAUUUUAGAUUGGAACUUUGGCCUGGUUAUCUCACAUCUAUAAGACAACAUGAGAAUAGUAUUCUUAUGUGUGCUGAAAUCAUACAUAAAGUCAUGCGUCAGCAAACUUUAUUAGAUAUAUUAAAUGAUUGUUAUAAUCAAGAUAAACUUGAUUAUAAGACUUUAUUUGAAAAUCAAGUUAUUGGUUUAGUUGUACUUACUGAUUACAACAAUAAUACAUAUCGUAUAUCAGAUGUGGAUUUUGAUUCAAGUCCUAUUUCAACUUUUCAAUUAAGAACCGGUGAAAAAGUAACUUAUAGAGACUAUUAUAAAAAUAAAUAUCAAAUCCCUAUUGACAAUGUCUCUCAACCAAUGCUUGUAACGAGAUUGAAACCAAGAGAACGUCGUGCUGGUCAAGCCGAAUUGGUAUAUCUUGUUCCGGAACUUUGUCGUGCAACAGGUUUAACUGAUGCUAUGAGAGACAAUUUCCAUUUAAUGCGUACAUUGGCAGAAUAUACACGUGUAUCUCCCGCGGCACGUAUAGAUAAAUUAAUGGUUUUUAAUAGAAGACUUCGCGAUAAACCAUCUAUAGUAAGAGAAUUGAAUGAAUGGAAUUUACAUCUUGAUGAAAAACUGGUCGAUGUACCAGCACGAUUUUUACAACCAGAAAAAAUUGUAUUGGGAAGUGGACGAACGGUUUCUGCAGGUCAAUAUGCUGAUUGGACCCGCGAAUUACAUAAUAAGCCAUUGUAUAAUAUUGCUCGAUUGACUAACUGGGUAGUAAUUUGCAUGGGUCGUAUGAGACGCGAUGUCGAAAGAUUCAUACAAACGCUUAAAGAAUCUGCAUCUGGAAUGGGUUUUAGAAUUGACAAUCCAAGACUUUGGGAUAUUGCUGAUGAUCGAUCCAACACUUAUUCUGAUACCCUUGAAAGAGUAAUGAGUACUAGUAAUCCAGAAUUAAUCUUUUGCGUAGUAUCGAAUAAUCGAGCUGAUAGAUAUAGUGCAAUAAAAAAGAAAUGUACUCAUGAUAGACCAGUAGCUUCACAAGUUUUCCUUGCAAAAAAUCUCUCGAAUAAAGGUAUAAGAUCGAUUGCUACAAAAGUAGCAAUUCAAUUAAAUUGUAAAUUGGGUGGUGCUCCAUGGAGCGUUGAAUUACCACCGAUUAAUUUAAUGGUAGUUGGUUAUGACGUAUGUCAUGAUCCUGCUGAUAAAAGCCGUGAUUUUGGUGCAAUGGUAGCAUCAUUGGAUAGAAGCUUGACAAGAUAUUAUAGUGCAGUAGCUGCUCAUACUACAGGAGAAGAACUUUCAGACGAGUUUGGAGAAAGUCUCGAAAAAGCUGUGCUAUGCUAUAGACAAGUGAACAAAAUUUUACCCUCGCACAUUCUGAUAUAUCGUGAUGGCGUAGGUGAAGGUCAGGUACCAUAUGUAUAUAAACAUGAAGUAGAUGAUAUAAAAGCUAAAUUAAACAAACUUUAUGGUGAUCCUAGUACCAUUAAAUUGGCAUUUGUAAUAGUUACGAAACGAAUUAAUACUCGCUUAUUCUAUAAUCAAAAUAAUCCUCCGCCUGGUACAGUAGUCGAUGAUGUUGUUACUAAUCCAUUAAGAUAUGAUUUCUUUAUUGUAUCUCAAAGUGUACGACAAGGUACGGUGACACCAUGCGCAUAUAAUGUAAUAGCUGAUUCUACUGGUUGGAAAGCCGAUCAGAUGCAAAGAAUGACUUACAAGUUAUGUCAUAUGUAUUAUAAUUGGUCUGGUACCGUUAGAGUACCUGCGCCUUGCCAAUAUGCUCACAAACUUGCUUUUUUGGUUGCACAGUUUGUGCGUCGUCCACCAUCUGCAAGGAUGCAGAGUUUAUUAUAUUACUUGUAAUCAUUCCUUGUUCCUAAUAUACGAAUUAAGAUAUAUGGAUUAAGUAUAAAACUUAUUUUAUACAUGCAAACUGUCUUAAAAGUAUAUUUUUUACAAUUUUUUGUACUAUGACAGAUAAUUUAAUUUUUGUUUUUUUUUCUUUUUUCUUUUUAAAGAAUUUAAAAAUUCUUUCUCUUUCUCUCUCUCUUUCUCUUUCUCUUUAUAUAUACACACACACACACACACACACACAUAUAUAUAUAUAUAUAUAUAUGCAUAUGUAUAUAUAGAGCAAUUAUAUAAUAUUAGACGAUAUUUUAUCAUUAUUUUUUCAUUUAAUUGAUAUCAGAUUAAAAAAUUGAUUAUGAAAAAAUUUAAAAAAAUAAGAAAAAAUAUAUUCAUAGUUUUAUGUUUUAUUAUGCAGGAAUCAUAAUUUGAAACAUGAAGUAAAAAAUUAUUUGUUUAUGAUAUUUUACUUUCUUACAUUACAAUUAUUAAAAAUAAAAAUUAAUACAUUAUAUAUUCAUAUAUUUUUUUAUAAAGUAAGAUUACUUUGAAUUUUUUUUUAUGUAUAAUUAUGUAUCUUUUAAGAAUGUAUUGUCAUUUAUAAAAAUAUCAUGUAAAAUAUUAUUCUAUAAGAAUGUUGUAAAAUUAAGAUGUUCAAAAUUGUAUGGCGAACAAAAUGGAAAUCUUUAAAUUUAAUAGAUAUAAAUUUUUAGAUAUCUUAUGGAGUCACUAGUUAAAUUAGUUAAUAGAUAUCUUUUGGAGUCACUAGUUUACUUCGCUUUACGUAUAGACUUUAAUACAUAAUGGAAAUAUGUAAAACUAUUUUUAUAAAAAGAUUUUAUAUUUUCUAAUUGUUUUGUAAUUUAUGAUUUUAUAAUUUUUUUUUUCAUUUAUAUUCUAAGAAAUUUUCAUAAUCAUUUUAGUUUCUCAUAGAUGGCGUAUAUAGUAACUUAAAAGUACCAACAUAAUAAAAAUAGUUAAAAUGUUUCUACAGGUUCUAAUAUAAAAUAUACGAUUAGUUGGCUAACCUGAUUUAUCGUACAUUGUUUUUAAGUUCAGUCGACGUAAGAAAAGUAAAGAAGUAACGUGCAAGGAUCAUUUCUAUUUAAAUAGAAAUUAAUAAUCAAACUAAAUAAACUUUUAUUUUUUCUGAAGAUUUAUUAGAAAUUAAG